GCUAAGCACGCUGCAGGAUCAUGGCCCUGAUGGAUUAAAGGAUGCCCAGGUAUCUGGUCAGCAAGAGAAUGGAGCCGAUCAAGAGGGUGAACCAAGUGAGGAACGACAGGAGGAAUUGAGCCCUGUGGCCAAAGUCCUUCAGGAUCCCUAUACGUCGUCGCUAGUGGCCCUGGAGCAGUGGCAGGUGCUUGUCGAGUUCCUGAAUACGGAUCUGAGGAUGAAGAUGGAGUGGCUCCGAAGUGACAAGUGUCAGAAGGUGGCCUUUGCUGACUUAUGGUAUCUCUUCAAGCCUGGGGACGAGGUGGUAGACCAAGGGGGAAGGCAAGCGUAUCGGGUGAUUGGGGUGACCAGCCCAAGUCACCAGUUUAUUUCCCCGUAUCGCACCUUUGGCGCUGGAUCCAACAAACCCGAGACAUCCCCGGUGAUCAUAUUUUGUGUGUACAUCGAUUUCGACGGGAAGAUUCUUGGCCCGGUGCUUAGGCAAUUUGCCAUUCCCCGGUUUGAUGGGGAGAAGGCAGUGACCUCCUUGCGCGUGUGCCCAAUGAGGUUUGCUGAAGUCCGCCUGGGAGAAGACUCAAGUCAAGGCAGCUUUCGAGGGAAGCUGAUUUCUCGAGGGAGGCAGUUUAUAAACGUGAUCUCCUCCCAGAAACACAUGCACUAUAGCGGUCUCACGUUGGACAGUCGAGAGCAGGUGGAUGGACAAGUGGUUAUUGACUUCGAAAGAGCCCUGGAAACCAAGGACCGCGAUCAGAAGAAUAUGACAUGGCGCCCGAAAAUUGGCAGUUUGCUUGGAGUCGAUCUCCCUCACUUAAAGGCCAGGGAAUGCUACGAAUUUUGCUGCAGGCAGGAGCAGGUGUUUGCCGAUCAGUGGGCCGAGGUCAAGCGCACUGAAAACUAUUGCAACAGCCUUGUGCCCGAGGAGCGCUGGCGAGAGCCUUCGCUGGCCAUCGAACCUCGGGCCAAAGGCGCCCCCUCACUUGACAGGGGACUGGGAGAGGAAGACUACGUGAUUAUGAGCUACCGCGUGUUUGGAUUCAUCCUGCGGAGCCGCAAAUGGGCCAAGCUCAAUCUCACUCAUCUCAGCUAUAUUCGACGACCUCGGGGAGACACAAGUGCAGGAGAUCAGCAACAGGACAUGGCCUUUCAUCAACUCGUCCUUGAGGAAGAGCACAAGAACAUGUUGCUGUCACUGGUGGCACAACAUUACCGUGACAAGGAGUCCCCGACGGCCGGGAACGAACAAGUGGACAUUGUUCGAGGAAAAGGCAAGGGUCUUAUCAUUCUCCUCCACGGCGCCCCUGGAGUGGGGAAAACCACAACAGCAGAGGGCGUUGCAGAGUUAUUUGAAAAGCCGCUGUUUCAAAUUACCUGUGGCGACCUGGGGAGCACUGCCGAGCAUGUCGAGCGCGCGCUGGAGACCAAUUUUGCCUUGGCCAACCGAUGGGGAUGUAUUUUGCUGCUCGAUGAGGCAGACGUCUUUCUAGCCAAGCGAUCCCCUCAAGAUUUUAUCCGAAAUGGGUUGGUGUCCGUCUUCCUCCGGGUGCUCGAAUACUAUGCGGGAAUUCUAUUCCUUACUACCAAUCGCAUCGGGGACUUUGAUGAGGCAUUUAGCUCCCGGAUUCACAUCAGCCUGCACUACCCACAGCUGACUGAUAAAGCUACCGCCGAGAUCUUUCAGCUCAAUAUUCGGCUAAUGAGGGACCGUUUUCGACGCAAGAAUCGCAGACUCACCAUUGACGAAGAUGAAAUUUUAGCUUAUGCGUUGGACUACUGGAAAAGGUAUGAGACCAUGCGAUGGAAUGGCCGGCAGAUUCGGAACGCCUGCCAGACAGCUCUGGCCCUUGCAGAAUUCGAUGCUGGCGGCGGAAACCACGAAGAGAUCCUUGAUCCGAAUGCGGAGGUUAAGCUGUCUGUCACUCAAUUCAGAACGGUAGCCAAAGCCUAUCGGGAGUUCAUGUACUAUUUGAACAAGUUGUAUAAGACGGAUCAAGAUCGCCUGGCUCACAAAAGGGGUCUCCGAGCUCGAGAGCUGCAUGGGAAGGAGAUGGACACGUUAGACGGAAAAGGCCCGUUUGAUGAAGGGGAAACCCAUCUUCCGUCUCAAAAUCUGAGCGAGCAGCAUCAGUCACCCUCAAGGUUGACCUCAACCGCCACGGUGAUGAGCCCCCAGAUGGGAUCUACUGGCCUGGCGGCGGAAUACCCAAACGGGCUUGCUGGAAACUAUCCCUCAGCGAUGCUGCAGGCCCAAGCUGGAUACGGAUUUCUCAACCCCACGAUGGGACCGCAACAGCAGCCUCAGCAACAGCAACAAGUUCCCCUGAAUCCGCACCAGAAUGCUCAAAUGUUGCAUAAUAUUAAUCCGGCGUUGUAUCAACAGUUCCUUGUCCCGCAGAGUCAGAUGCAGCCGGCGACCGGGUUUCCGGGGGCUAUGCAGGGUCAGCCAGGCUUCAUGGGAGAUGGUACACAUCACAAGCCUUGAACUGAGGUCUGUUUAUGCUUUCUCCGUUGCCCUUGAAUUCGGUUUCAAUUUCUAUCUUGGUUUUGUCGUUGUUCAAUUAUUGUUCCUGCCACCCGCAAUUCGGAACUCAUUCUGGAAGGGAAGUCUGGUUCCUUGGCUUCGUCGAAAACCCUGGAUAUGAGGCUUUGGUCCUAACAUGGUCCGUGUGUGUGGUACUCGUCCAUAACAGAGUUUAAACCCUCUUUCCUCGGAAAUAUGAGUAGUAUGAUAAGAAUG